GCGGGAGCCGUGGCAGGGAUCCUGGAGCAUUGCGUGAUGUAUCCCAUCGACUGCGUCAAGACCCGGAUGCAGAGUCUACAGCCUGACCCAGCCGCUCGCUAUCGCAAUGUGUUGGAGGCCCUCUGGAGGAUUAUACGAACCGAGGGCCUAUGGAGGCCCAUGCGGGGGCUGAACGUCACAGCGACGGGCGCGGGGCCUGCCCACGCCCUCUAUUUUGCCUGCUACGAAAAAUUAAAAAAGACAUUGAGUGACGUAAUCCACCCUGGGGGCAAUAGCCAUAUUGCCAAUGGUGCGGCUGGGUGUGUGGCAACAUUACUUCACGAUGCAGCCAUGAAUCCAGCGGAAGUGAUCAAGCAGAGGAUGCAGAUGUACAACUCGCCAUACCACCGGGUGACAGACUGUGUACGGGCAGUGUGGCAGAACGAAGGGGCCGGAGCCUUUUACCGCAGCUACACCACCCAGCUGACCAUGAACGUCCCCUUCCAAGCCAUUCACUUCAUGACCUACGAAUUCCUGCAGGAGCACUUUAACCCCCAGAGACGGUACAACCCCGGCUCCCACGUCCUCUCCGGAGCCUGUGCAGGAGCUGUAGCUGCCGCCGCCACAACCCCAUUGGACGUUUGCAAAACACUGCUCAACACCCAGGAGUCCUUGGCUUGGAACUCGAACAUUACAGGACAUAUCACAGGCAUGGCUAGUGCUUUCAGGACGGUGUACCAAGUAGGCGGGGUGACUGCCUACUUCCGAGGGGUGCAGGCUAGAGUCAUCUACCAGAUCCCCUCCACAGCCAUCGCGUGGUCUGUGUAUGAGUUCUUCAAAUACCUGAUCACGAAGCGGCAGGAAGAGUGGAGAGCAGGCAAGUGAAGGGCACCAUCGAAGCCGGGGUUCAGACCACACGCUGCGUCCUGCCCACUCCAGCCACUUUCUCUUCUGGCUUGCUCCAGCCUCGAGUGGAGUUGAAGGAAGACAGAGGGCCCUCCCCUGGCUCCCGGCGUCUAGGCCGACGCCAGUUCCUGCCAGUCUCCGCUGCCGCCUUUCCUCCAGGCCCUCAGCAAGUGCAGCGAAGCACCAUAGCACCUUCGGCAGCCUCUCCACCCUGGGCCCGGUGACCUGCUCUAGACUGUUACAGAGGGGUACGCAGCUCAUCCCCUGGUUCCUAAUAAAAAGCCUUUAAAUUAAA